AUGCUUCUUCCAACUACACUCGUUUUGACUUCCUGCCUAUUUUUCCCCUUUGUUACCGCUGGGACCACCGUAAUCACCGGCACAACUGAGUCCUGUACAACGACUGCCGAGUUCUUGACCAAUCCAUCCUUUGACACUGGAAGCUUGAGCCCAUGGAAUGCUAUGACAGGUUUUGGAUCAGCAAGUGUAGUGGAGGAUACUGCGGAUAACAGAGGCCAUGUAGCGACCCUCGCUGAAGACCAAACUAUGAGCGCUAUAUAUCAGACUGUAACAGGUCUCACCGUGGGAGCAUCCUACACAUUAUCAUACGACUACAUGAUCAAAUCUGCUGGAAUGGUCGGAUCAGCUGCUUUCUAUAUAUGCGUGGACGGCAUCGCUUCAGCAAACAGGCUCACUCUCCAAGGGGUAACCUAUACUGCAGCUGGUACGUCGUGGGAAACAAUAUCGACCACUUUUACCCCCACCAGCGACAGUCAUGAGUUUUACAUAUUGGUCUAUGUGGUUAGAUCGAGUACCGAUCCGGAGAUAUUGUUGGACAAUGCACAAUUUUUGGCUGUCUCUGAGGAAGAUGAUCUCGAAACCUGCACUACAUCGACUUAUACUACCACCGUCGCGGUUUCCACUUCAAGCUCUUCAGCAAUUUCCAGCAUUCCGGCUCCAGCCAGUUCAUCAUCCGCCAUUGCGACCGUAUCACCAACUAUUCCGACAUCAACCCCAUCACACUCGAGUGUGGUUCCUGCCGCAUCUUCCAGUCCUUCAAGAUCUCUUAUUUCGUCUUCCGGCUCAGUCGCUGCUAGUGCCCCUCUUGUACCAGUCUCAGCUAGCUCCCGAGUGAUCCAGUCCAGUCCCUCUUCGAGCUUAUCGAGUUCCAGCUCUUUGGUGCAGUCUCUGCAUUCAUCCUCCAAUGUUAUCCGAUCAUCUACAAUGACCCCAUCAAAAGCAUUGGCAUCCUCAUCACUGCUAGCAGUGUCACGCUCAAUCUCAGCCUCAACCCCUGUUAUCCGUUCAUCCGGUGGAGCAAAGGUUAAUACACCACCUGCUGUCUCUACUCCGACUUCUGAGCCCGACGAAGUCGUGACAGUGGUCAGCACAGUCUACACCACGUUGAUUGCUACUGUACUUGGAUGCUCUGCUUCCUAUUGAGGGUCGUGAAGCUUGCGUUGCGCCUUCAUGCGUGUCAAUGAAAGGCGCCCAUACAUCAAUAUACCACU